GCCAGUAGCUCUCUGCAUUUCCAUCCCACUCACGGCAUUCUCUCCCUCCUCCUGCAGACCAUGGAUCCCAUGGUAUUCCUUUUCGUGGUGUUGAAAAGCCUCAUCCAGUACCCACAGCCCGUGGCUGACGGUUUGGAUGAGGAAACACGUCUGCGCAUGGAAGCGCGUGCCAAGCUCCUGGAAUGGGAGAGGCUUCAGUUGGAGCAGGAGGUGGAACAGCUCACCCAGGAGCAGGUGAAGCAGGUGCAGCUCUUGCAGCUCCUAGCUGUUGCUGUGCUCCUGGCCCUUGUCUUGGUCCUGUGGUUCAUUGGGUGGAAAAGCAGCCAGAGGAGAGAGGAGGAUGAAGAAGGAAACCGUGGUGCCAAUGAAGCGGAAGUGGGCAACAUUGGGGCAAAUGAAGAAGACAAUGUCGGAAAUGAAGAUGUCAAUGCGGCUGUAAUUGCAGAAAACAUCCGUAAUGUUGCAAAUGAAGCCCUGGAAUAUGAUUCGGAUGAUCACGUUGGACAAGUUAUAAUGGAGCGCAUCCAGUGGCCUGUACAGGACCUGCAGAGAGGCUGUGAAUGGACAACUCAGCUCAUGGAUAAUUAUGCAAUUUACUUUGGGCAUGUCUUGUCCAACAGCUUCUACCCAGUCCUGCAACGAGCCAUCGGGGUGGGCAGUGCCUUUGAAGGCUGGAGUCCCCGUGAGCAGGAUGUUGUCUACAGCGUGCUCAUCCCCAUGACUCCUCCCCGAGGCCACAGCUUCCAUCUGGAGCUGGAGAGUGAAGAGCAGAGGCACGUGAGGAACUUCCGUGUCCGCGUGCAGCUGGAGUGCACCUGCAGCAGGGAGCAGCAGGCUGAGGACAUGCUGUGCUUCCUGCACCACCCCGAGGAGGAGCUGAGGAGCAAUCAGGAUCCCAGCCUCCUAGACACCCUGUGCACCGGCUCCUACCUCGAUGUGCAGAAAACUGCCCGCUGGUUCCACCAGCUGGUGAGAGCAAUCUGGCCAGCUCUGCCUCAGUCGCACAACUGGCAUUUAUCGGUGAUGCCCUCCACACGCUCCUGCCAAUUCAAGGUGACCUACGGGCAGAAAAGCUUCAGGAUUGAGCUGUUCUUUGGGGUGCGGAGAGGUGACUCAGCCAUCUUUGUGUGCAGCCAGCCUAGAGAGGCCUACACAGCAAACACAACCUGGCCCGAGUCUUACGCUGUGGCAGAGGUUGAGUUCUUCCAGCACAUUGCCAGGCAGGCCCCCCCUGACAGCUUGCACCUCAAAUGCCUGCAGUUCUUCACCCGUCUUCCGCUGGGCUUUGGCUUUUCCACCUACACCAUGAAGACCAUUGUCAUGCACCUGCUCAGUGUCACACCCGUCUCAGCGUGGCGCAGGAGGAACCUCCUGGAACGACUGCAGGAUAUCAUCAAACACCUGCACUUAUGUCUGAGAGAAAAACGCCUCAACCACUUCAUUGUGGGCAACCAGAGGUUUCCUCAGGACAUCAAGUUACCCGCUGAUGUUCAAAGGGCUGAGCCAUACAAUCUCUUCCAUCGCCUCGAGCAGCAGCCGGAUGCCCACAGCCAUGCGCUCUAUGAGUACGACAUUCUAGAAAAGUGGUUCAAAAGAAUCCUUCGUGGUGUGGAUUUACCGAAUGAAGGGGAGGAGUCGUGGCUAUGAGCACAGAGCUGUGCUUGUGCUGCUGGCAUCAGCCGCACUACUGGCAGGAGAGAGCCACCUUGCAGUCCUCAUUUGGUGCUUUAAGGAGAAGAGGAUGCAUGCAAAGUCUCUGGUGAAGGUCCCACAGCAUGGCCUGCCAUGUCAGCGAGUGAAGGGCUACAGGAAGGGGUUUCUACCUCCUUUUAUAGUGUGAACUCUGCCAGUGCUGAAAAAGCACAUGAAUAGAAGACAUGGCGCACAUGCAGGGCCAAAGUCAUGCAACCUGACCUGCAAAAUGGAGUUGUUCCUGGCCUUUGAAAAGGGGCAAAAUUUAGAGCAUGGAAGAAGUGGGAAUGUGGGACCGAAAGAAGAACAAACAAACAGGACAAAAUCGACCAAGAGGACAAAUCAACACUGCUGGCCCGGGAUGAGUCAAUGGAUGAAGCCUCUCCUUGUCCGCGGAAGGAACACCUUUGAUGUUUAUUUCAUAUUUUUAUAUAUAUAUAUAUAUAUAUAGUAUUAUUAUUAUAUACUAUAAUUUUUAGAAAUUAUAUGUACUAGUAAAAUAACAUAAAAGAAAACAAUAUACUAAUAUGGAUAAUAUCAAAGGUAUGAAAGAUUUAGUUAUUAUGGCAGGAUUAAAAGUAAAUUUGAAGAGUUGAAUAUGUAAUUACAUUUCAAUAGUAACAGUAGAAUAUCUGUUUAGUGUCACUACCUGUUGUGACACAUUAGAUUUCUUUGUACAUUUAUGUCUGGAAGGUUUUUUCGUUAAAAAGAUAUAUUUAUAACAUAGAACAUGCAUAGACUAUAUACAUUCUCUAUACAGUAUAUAUUUAUAUAAUUGUUUAAUACAUACUAUAUACCCGAUGCAUAUAAUAUAUUAUAGAUAUAAUAUAAUUUUUAUAUUCAUGUCAAGCCAUAUGUAGUGUCGCAAUCUCUUGCAACCCAAAUUCAUGCGCUAUAGUUAGUGCAUUUAUGAAUUGAAAGCCGAAAACUGCUUUGCUCUGUUUUCAAUAAAAUGCAUUUUUUCAGAA